AUGCCUCAGAUGAUGCCCUGUGAAGUAGGGGCCAUCACAGGUCCUCUUGUCACACCUAACAGAGCGCCUCUAAGCUCUACUGCCCACGGCUUUUCAAGAGUGGAGAACCUUCCUCUCAUUCUGGGCUGUGGACCUUGUGGAUUCAUCCGGCAGGUGGAGAUGCGUUUGAAGACCUUGUGUGAGGACAGCCAUUCAUUUUCCAAUUUUAUGGGCUCCAUGGAUAGCCAAGGCACCUGCCAAUGCAUUUCCCUGCCAGAUACUGUCUUCCCUGUGGAUAGAGUGGAAUGUUUGAAAUUCGCAGCUCAUAUCUUCUCCAAGAAGUUUGAGAAAGUGCUUUCUAAAGUGAAGGGAUAUGUCCAGUUAAUCAUUGCAUAGGAAAAUAAACCCUUCAACCUAACUGUCCCGAUGCAGAUCAUGGAAAAGGAUGCCGUUUCAUAGACUGAACUAGACUUUGAGCUGAUUAAGAUAGUGAUGAAGGAGAUGGAAGGAAUGGGAAGAAAACACAUGGUUAAGCAGCUGGAGGUGGAGAUAAGGAAUAUGAUUCUCCUGGUAGAGAAACUGCAGACGAGCCACACAAACAACUUGCCUGUCAUUUGCCUGAAAAUCCAGGCCCUGAAGAAGAAGCCAGAGGAGUGUGGAGCUGUGGUCCCAGUAGUGUUGAACAUCAGCAAACUCUCUGUAGCAAACCUUAACCAGACCGGGUUUUCCUGCAAGUUUGGUGCCUGAUGUCAGGGUUAUUCUCCCCAGCACCCAGAUAAGGGGCCGUACUUGGUGGUGCCUUUGAAUACAAAUGAGAAAGUGUUGGAUUACUACACACUCCACAACACACUGGAUGGUUUACCAUUGUAUAAUUAUGCUCAAGAGUAUCAGAUUGCCUACAUGGGCAGUGGUAUAGCUGUUUACAACAAUAACAUGCAUGUCAACUGGUACAACACCAGAAAUAUUGCCAGAGUUAACCUGACCACCAACACAGUGGCUGAGACUCAAAAUCUCCUUGGUGCUGCCUGUAAUAACCAUUUUUCAUGUGAUAAUGUUGCUUGGCAAGAUAUUGACUUAGCUGUGGAUAAGCAGGGAUUGUGGGUGAUUUAUUCAACUCGCAUGGUGAUUAGUAAGCUCAAUGACACCACAUACACUUGGUUUACCAAGCAGUAUGAGCCAUCUGUUUCUAACACCUUCAUGGUUUGUGGGGUUCUGUAUGCCACCUGCACUCUAAACACCAAAACAGAAGAGAUUUUUUAUUACUAGAACACAAGCACAGAAAAAGAGGGCCAACUUUGGAUUGCAGUGUCAAUGCGUAAGGUUCAGGAAAGGGUGCAGAACAUUAGCUAUCCUUUUGACCGAAAAUUUUUCCUCUAUGACAAUGGUUACCUCAUCUUCCUUUGGGAACUUUGGUUAACUAUUUGGGUUUAG